GUCCUAUUCUUCCCAUCGUUUUCUUGUCUGAACCUCCAGUUCCCCGACGGGAAGCUCAUGCAAAUCAAUUUGACCGGCUUUUUGAAUGGUAAGAAAGCGCGCGAGUUUAUGGGCGAACUCUGGGAGUUGUUGAUCAGCGCCCAGAACUCCGGUGACGGCAUUCCCGAGGAGUUCGUGAACCAGAAGAAGGAGGAGAUUAAGAAGCGAGAGGCCGAGGAGUUGAAAGCCGCCGAAGACAAGGCGAAGAAUGGGAAGCCUUUCGACAGAUCGCCCGCUCGUAAGAGGAGUCGCUCGCGGAGUCCGGCCCCUCGUAAGAGGUCUCGCUCUCCGCCGCGGCGCCGAUCGCCUAUCUCUCGGGGCCGUCGCAGUCGCUCGCGGAGUCCGCGCAGACGGAGCCCGAGUCCUAGGGCUCGACGACCGCCCACUCGGAGGGAGCCAUCCGUCAGUAAAAGCAGAUCUCCGUCGAAGAGUAGGUCGCGAUCGCCGGCGAAGAGGCGUUUCCAGAGUCCCAGCAGAGGACAGGCGGCCAAGAAGUCGCCCAAAGAGUCGCCUAAAUCGCGGUCGCCGUCCGCCAAACGGAGUACGAGUUCGGCGCCGAGCUCUCGGUCCCCGUCGCCGGCCCUACAGCUGAAGCCCGACCCCGAGGACAGCGCUGCGGCCCCCAAACCCAACGCCAACAAUAACCCGUCGCCCGAUAAGAAGCGUCAGUAUAGAGGCCGCGAC